AUGAGCUCCUAUGACGAAGGUACCGUGCAGAGCCACGAUCGAUCGGUUCCCAGCGCUUCUAACGAGUCGGCAUCCUAUCGUGGUGGUGGUGGUGGAGGAGGAGGAGGACCCCGCGAUGAUCGUCCACCAAGAGUCAGUCGCAUGCCCACUCGAGAAGGCCCUGCCAAACCCUAUCAUCACCAUCACCAUGGCGGUGGUUCCUACAACAACCACAUGCUCCAUCAGCCUCAUGGCGUGAGUGCCAUUGGUCCCUCUUCCUCCAAUAUUUCCUCUUCAACUUCCAACUCCCCCAUGGGACACCAUCAGCAUCAGUACACGGUAGAGAGUCCUUUGCCGCCCAUGGUUCAACGCUCCUUGGGGGACCGGUCCAACGAAAAACGCAAAAAUGCCGCACUCGAAAUUGAAGCACUCAUCAAAUCUCUACAAGAAGCCAACAAUCUAUCCAUGGUACAGUCAGUCAUUACCGUAUUGUCCAAAGACUUUUGUACCAGUAUGAACUCCAACUACCGCAAGGGAGGACUGGUGGGACUCGCCGCCACAUCCAUUGGACUCAUGCACAAUUCCAGAAAUUUUCUAGAUGUACUAUUGCCACCCGUACUGCAUUGCUUUGAUGAUCCUGAAUCCAGAGUACGAUACUAUGCCUGCGAAUCACUCUACAAUAUUGCCAAGGUGUCACGACAAUCCAUUCUCGCAUACUUUAACCAAAUAUUUGAAGGACUCACGAAACUAUUCGCCGAUGUCGAUAUUGAUGUCAAAAAUGGAGCAUCACUCUUGGAUAGACUCAUCAAAGACAUUGUCACAGAGGCUGAUGAAAGCUUUCACGUCGAACAAUUUCUGCCUAUCCUACAAAAUUAUAUUCGAAGAACCAACCCAUACAUUCGACAACUUAUUGUGGGAUGGAUCACACUCUUGGACAGCAUACCCAACAUUAGUAUGCUAGACUUUCUGCCAGACUUUCUCGAUGGACUCUUCAACAUGCUCAGCGAUUCCAAUCGAGAAAUUCGACAAGCCGCGGAUUCCGCGCUCUCGGAAUUCCUACGGGAACUCAGUGUUAGCACAGUGGUCGAAUUUGGACCCAUUGUCUCCAUUCUAGUCAUACAAUGCCAUUCCAAGGAACGACUCAACCGAUUGACGGCCAUCACAUGGACGUCCGAAUUGAUUCAUCAUCCAUACUCGGGAGGAGAUGCACUCCUCCCCUAUCACGCUGAAGUGCUCAGUGCCAUUAUGUGGUGCAUUUCCGACCAAGAGGUGGAAAUUCGACUCGUCGCCGAACGAACCAAUGACAAUCUGCUCCAGCUCGUCAAAGACACACAAGUCACCUUUGAACUCAAGGAAUUACUAGAGACACUCAAGAAGGAACUACUCAACAAGGAAGAUGUUCCAACCAAAAUGGCAGCCUUGAGAUGGAUCAACAUGCUACUUGAGAAACGCAAAAAUGACAUGAAUAAUUUCAUUGAGGAUCUCUUGCCCGUGCUUUUGCGCACUCUGAGUGAUCGCAGUGAUGCUGUCGUUUUGCUCAAUCUGCAAGUGCUCUCGCGGAUCUCGCUGGCCGCCAAGGCUACCGAUGCUCCUGGAUCGUCACGAGGUAGUGGACGAGGAGUAGGGGAAACGGAGGAAAUACAGUUUCAGUUGGUCCUCAAUGCCAUUCUCAACCUGUUUGCCCAAGACCGACAACUUUUGGAAACCAGAGGGUCUCUCAUUAUUCGCAAGCUGUGCGUCCUAUUGAAUGCCAAGAGUGUCUACAUUCGCAUGGCGGAAACACUAUCAUCCUACGAACAAAUCGAGGGGGGUCAGCCUGCCGAUGCCGCCACGUUGCAGUUUAUCAGUACCAUGGUUCAAACUCUCAACCUGAUCCUAUUGACGGCAUCGGAACUACAUGAUCUACGAAACUUGUUGGCUUCCAGUUGGAGGGGACCGGACGGGCGAAUUGGAGUGCCAAACAUUGGACACCUUAGGCGGGGUCGAGACGAUGGUUCCUUGGUCUUCUCCACGCUGUUUCAUUGCUGGUGUCACAAUCCAGUGUCCACGUUCUCACUUUGUCUGCUGGCCCAGGCCUACGAUAUCUCAUUUGCUCUAGUGCAGCGAUUCUCGCAAAUGGAGGAAGUUACCGUUGGCUUCUUGAUGCAAAUAGACAAGCUUGUUCUCUUGCUGGAGAGCCCAAUCUUUGUACACUUGCGGCUUCAGCUUUUGGAUGUCGAGUCCAAGUAUCACGCACCGCUUCUCAAGAGCAUCUAUGGGCUGCUCAUGUGUCUUCCUCAGGGUGAUGCCUUUCGUCUUUUGAAUGAUCGGCUCACCACUGUUUGCAAUCUGCGGGACAACCUGGGCAUUAGCCCCAACAUGCAAGCAAACUCAAAGGAGGCGACUCUGGCCGCUGGAGUUAGUCAGUCCCUACAGAUGAAGAAGCUGCUGAAGCGUUUUGAUGAAGUCAUGGUCCUUCAUAGCAAGGCAAAAGAACGAUCACACAAGCUUGCCGUGCAAGAAGAGCAGUCCAAACAUCAAUCUGGUGCAUACUCAGUGGCAGAGCAGCCUCCAGGAAAGAAAGCGCUCUCUGCCAGCGGUGCUCGCAAUAGCCAAGCGAUGAGUAUGCAAGCGUCGAGCCAAACGCCCAAACUAGAGCCCAGAUAG